GUAUGACAAGUCGAAAAUGGCGGACUGAUCUUUGUUGGGGCGGAGCUUCUCCGCCGUCUUCUUCAUCGCUGAGAGCAAGCCCUCUUUGUCUCCUCAUCUUCUAUCUCGCACCAUUUAUUGUAAGAUCAAGAUAUUCAUUUCUGCUUUUAUCGUAAAUUAGGGUUUAUGCACUUUCCCCAAAUUCUUUGCCUAUCUUCGCUCUAAAUUACCAUGAAUUUUCUCUCAAUCUCUCGCCUUUUUUCAACCUGCAAGAAACCCAAUUUCCUUCUCUUCUCCACUGCUUCGUCUUCGUCAUUAGCUGCUUCACAAUUCAUGACCCAUUUGCAGAAAAACGGACCCAACAUAGAGAAAUCCCUCAACUUAGUCAAAGCCGAAUUGGAUGCCCCUUGUGUUACGCGGGUUUUGGAAAGCUUUUCAGUUGAAAACCGCCAAAUAGGUCUCAGAUUCUUCAUAUGGGCCGGGGUUCACCCUUCUUACAGGCACUCAACAUACAUCUAUAACAAAGCUUGUAACUUGCUGAGAAUUAAGGAAAACCCGAAUAUCGUUACUGAUGCUUUUGAGGCUUAUGAGGUGGAGGGAUGCGUAGUGAGUGUAAAAAUGUUUAGGGUUGUGUUUAAUUUGUGUCGAGAGGCUAAAGAUGCAGGCUUGGGGUUGUGGGUGUUGAGGAAAAUGAAGGAUUUUAAUUGCAGGCCAGACAUGAUUGCUUAUAAUGGAGUGAUUAGGUUGCUGUGUGAGAAGGGGGAUAUAGAUGGGGCAAUGGGAUUGAUGAGAGAGAUGGGGUUGAUUGAUCUUUUCCCUGAUAUGGCCACUUAUGUUAUGAUGAUCAAGGGUUUGAGCGAGGUGGGUAGGUUGGAGGAGGCUUGCAGGUUGGUUAAAUCGAUGAGAGGGCAUGGUUGCUUGCCGGGUACGGUGGUGUACUCUGUGCUUCUUGAUGGGAUUUUGAGGUUUGGAAGUCUGGAAAGGGCGAUGGAGUUGUUGGAGGAAAUGGAGAAAGAAGGCGGCGAUUGUAGACCAAAUGUUGUUACCUAUACCACUCUGAUUCAGGGGUUUGUUGAAAAAGGGUGUUCAGUAGAGGCGAUCACUAUUCUGGGUCGAAUGGAGGGUUUCGGGUGUAAGCCAAAUAGAGUAUCGAUCUCUACUCUGAUUCACGGGCUGUGUGUGGAUGGUCAUGUCGAGGAGGCUCGUAAGGUUGUGAAUCGAGUUGCUGGAAACGGUGUUUCUAACGACGAGUGCCACAGUUCUCUCGUGUUGUCACUGUUUCGGACUGGAAAACUCGAGGAAGCAGAGGUCGUUUUUAGGAGGAUGCUGGCUGCCGGGCUGAAGCCUGACAGCUUGUCUUCGGGGACGAUGAUAAAAUGGCUGUGCUCAGAGGGAAGGGUGUUUGAUGGAUAUCAACUGAUGGAUGGAGUUGAGAAAGCAGGAUGUAUAUCUUCAAUGGAAUCGGAUACCUAUUCGAUUCUGUUGGAUGGGCUGUGUCGAGGUAAUCAUUUGAUGGAAGGCGCGAAACUUGCUAACCUAAUGAUCAAGAAAGGGAUUGAGGUGAAAUCAGAUUAUGUUAAAGAUAUUAUCAGACAUCUGAAAAGCUCUGGAGAAGAGGAGUUGGUGUCGCGCAUUGGUAGGAUUCAAUGCUGAUUGUGGACUGCAAUUUUGUUCCAAUUUGUUUGGUGAGAUUUCUGCCAACUUGAUCAGGCAGUAGAAAGAUUUUGUAGUCUAAUUCUUUAUAGAAAUCUCGAGAUUGAUGUUCACACGUCUUCAAUGCAUAUAAGCUAAUGACAGAUGUUAAACUUUGUUAUAAUCUUAGAUAGAGAUCAUU